UUUUAAUGGGGACUAACAUGAACUUCAAGAACUUUGGAAGUAACCACCGGCUGUCGGGUGACGGCGGGGAGAAUAAACCGCUGGGGAAUAACCCGUUAGCUAGACAGUCAUCAAUCUAUUCUCUAACCUUCGAUGAGUUUCAAAGCACUAUGGGUGGAAUAGGAAAAGAUUUCGGGUCGAUGAACAUGGAUGAGCUGUUGAGGAACAUUUGAAGUGCUGAAGACACUCAAACAAUGGCUUCUUCUGGUGGCGCCCUAGAGGGAAAUGGAGGGUUACAAAGGCAAGGGUCCUUGACUUUACCAAGAACACUUAGCCAGAAAACUGUUGACCAAGUCUGGAAAGAUAUUUCAAGGGAGUAUUCCUUUGGGAAAGACGGUAUUGGAACCGGAGGCACUAAUAAUAUGCCACAAAGGCAGCAGACCUUAGGAGAGAUUACUUUGGAGGAGUUUUUGGUGAGGGCUGGUGUGGUAAGAGAAGAUACUCAAUUGGCCGGGAAGGUUAACAAUGGAGGAUUCUUUGGUUUGAAUAAUACCAGUUUUGAAAUCGGGUUUCAACAAGGUCCAAAUUUGAUAGGGAAUAGGAUUCCUGAAGGUGGUAAUCAUAUUGGUAUCCAGGCUUCCAAUUUGCCUUCCAACGUUAAGGGUGUUAGAUCGAACCAGCACCAGUUGGCUCAGCAACAACAACAACCAAUUUUUCCUAAGCAAACUGGUGUGGGAUAUGGAGCACAGUUGCCUUUACAAAGCGGUGGUCAGUUGGGGAGUCCCGGAAUUCAUGGGAUUGGGAAUCAGCCUCAGGGAAUAAGUAACGGCCUGAUGGGGUUGGUCGGUUUAGGAGGGCCACUGGCAGUUGCAACUGGAUCGCCUGCGAACCAGGUUUCAUCGGACGGGAUUGGAAAGAACAGUGAAGAUACCUCCUCAGUUUCCCCAGUUCCUUAUGUGUUUAAUGGGAACUUUAGGGGUAGGAAAUACAGUGGGGUGGAAAAGGUUGCAGAGAGGAGACAAAGGAGAAAAAUAAAGAACAGAGAAUCAGCUGCCAGGUCACGAGCUCGCAAGCAGGCUUAUACAAUGGAAUUGGAAGCAGUAGUGGCAAACCUAAAAGAGGAAAACCAAGAAUUGAGGAAGAAGCUCGCAGAACUCAUGGAAAUGCAGAAAAAGGAGGUCAUUGAGACGAUGAAAACGCCACAAGGAGCUAAGAAACGAUGCUUGCCUAGAACUCAGACUGGUCCAUGGUGAAAGUGGAAGGGUGGUUUAAAUCAUGCGUGGUAGGUGGUUUUGUACAUGGUUAGAUAGGUGUUAAUGACAGUUGUUUGCUCUUUGAGAUUUGGAGAAAUGGAUUAGCGCGAUGUAGGAUAAGAAUCUUCUAAUAUUUGUAAUUUGCUUCUGUUUUUCUUAUGAAGAUAAUGGCUCAUUAAGUUGCACCAUAUAUGUAAAUUUCCGAGC